AUGGGUGACGAAAGGAACUUUCGGUCUUCUUAUUACGAGAAAGUUGGUUGCCGGGGUGUGGAAGAAAAAAAAUCACUCGAAAUUCUCAUGAAAGAGAAACCAUGGGACAGAAUGAAAUUAAAGCAGUUCUGUCUGAGGUUUACUGUGCCGGCUGCGUACAGGAAUUUAGUGUGGAAAGUGCUACUAGAUAUCAUACCAGUAUACCCAGACUCUCAAAAGUUUGUAAUGCAGCAACGCAGUGAGCAAUAUGAUGAUCUUCUGUUUGCUGUGGAGGACCUUGAACGAGUUAAGAUGGACGCGCCACGUGAAGAAAUAUUAUUACAUAUGUGGUUAUUAGACACUGAGGAAACGGAACCUCCUCUGUUUCCAGAAACACGUUAUCCAUCAGGCGACACCUUCCUGUCAAUAGCGCGAACAUUAAGUGAAUUAUAUUCAGAUGAGAUUGACGUUUACUGGCUCACCAAAUGCCUUACAGAUAUUGUGAAGAAUAUGCAAAAAGACUUGGGGAAGCUAAAAGAAGCUUUCCAGACAAUGCUGGAGAAAGAAGACCAAGAAGUUUAUAAUCAUCUGGUGGAAAUAAAAGGAAUGCAAGUGUUACCACUUACAAAAUGGUUUAACUGUUGCUUCGCUGGAGUGUUGGACGACACGUCGCUUGCUAAAAUCUGGGAUAAAAUAUGCGGCGGUGCGCCUAAGAUUCUGGUGUUUGUAGCGGUCAUGCUGUUAAUUACGUUACGAAGAAACGUACUCAGAGCCAAGAACGCUGAAGAACUUCUCCAAUGUCUGUCACUGGUUCAAGAACAAGAAGAGGUGAUAGCUAACAAAGCUAUAGAGUUGUGGCAGGACUACGGAGCGCAGCCCCAGAACGACACCCUCGCCAAGAAAUGA